GCUGUGAGUAUAUGUGCAUACUAUAUGUAUAUACAUACAUGGCUAAAGUUUAAGAAUAGAAUCAUACUAUUUGGUUAUCACCUUUAUUUUUAUUUAUUUUAUUAGGUCGUCAGAAAAGUCAUGACACAUUUUUGCAUAGAAAAAUAUGUUAUGGGGGUGUGCAGCUGGCUUCACCUGGAGCUUGAGAAGCUGCACGCGGGUGUCCGGGGUCUGACAAUGGCCAAGAACAAAUUUAGAGGUCAGAUGUCCAGGAAUGUAUUUCACAUAGCCAGCCAAAAAAACUUCAAGGCUAAAAACAAAGCAAAACCAGUUACUACAAAUCUUAAGAAGAUAAACAUUGUGAAUGAUGAAAAAGUUAACAGAGUGAAUAAAGCUUUUGUAAAUAUACAAAAAGAACUGGCACACUUUUCAAGAGGCCUUUCUCUUGAACCUCUACAGAAAGAUCUGGUUCCUCAGUGGCAUCUUGAAAAUGAACCUGUUAAUGUUGAUGAAGCUACAAGAUUAAUGGCUCAGUUGUAACGCAGUGAUGAUAUAUCAAAG